AUGCGUUUCUACUAUAUCGCUCUAGCUGUUGCUUCUGCUUUAUGUACAAGCACUGAUGGUCUUGAGGCUGUCUCCGGUUCGACUGGACACACUUUGCUGAGAAUUGACACUAUUACGGGACAGCAGCAAAACGAUGAAGGCAAGACGCGUUUCCUGGUUGGUGAAAGUACGGAUGCAUCACCAGCCAAGACUCCAAAUGGCAACUCUCCGUCUACGCUGCAAAAUGGCAAGAAUCGCAGGCUGAAGGAAGAACUUUUCGAUGACAGCAGUGAUAGCAGCUCUAGCGAAUUAGAGAAUAUGUCAAGGGGUUCAAAUAAUGCGUCGGACGGCUCAACGUCUUCGUCGAAUGAAGAAGAGGAAAGUACGUCAAAGAAGAGGUUGAAGAAACUUAAUCAUCUCCAUAAUUAUUAUGGUUUUUAG